CAGAGAAAAUGUCCAAACCUACGAACCUGGAAUUAUUCAUGACUUGUAUUCAUUCUGGUGUGAAACCCUGCACCUCCCCAGACCUCAGACGUCGACAGCUGGCAAAGCUCAUUUGCCAUGUCUAAGACAGCGGUGAAGAAGCUGCACUGGCGCUCCAGAGUGCAGGACAGCUUCGUCCCCUUGCUGGGCUCGUCGGGGGAGCUCGGGGUGGCCGUUGGCGGAGGAGCCGACUACGGAGAGUUUCCCUUUGUCACGGCAGCUCCGGGGGGCGGACUCACAGUGGGGGAUAUCAUCCUGGAGAUUUGGGGAACACCUGUGCUGGGGAUGACUUUAGGAGAUGUCCGAGGUGUUCUCAACUCCUGCCCCCAUCCUAUCCGCAUCAAAACGGUGUCACCAGGCUCCACACUGUGCAAGGAUCUCAGGUUGUAUCUGAGUAAGUGCUUCACACCCGGAUCAGUGGACAGCCAGCUUCAGCAGGUCAUCAGAGAGAACCUCUACCUCCGCGCCGUACCUUGUACAACCAGGCGUCCCAGAGACGGGGAAAUCUCAGGGGUCGACUACAACUUUGUCUCCAUCGAGGAGUUCUUCUCCCUGGAGGAGUCAGGAGCGCUGCUUGAGAGCGGGAAGUUUAAAGGGAAUUAUUACGGAACGCCUCGGCCCGUCCACAUCAGCUCGGACAGCCCCCCCAUCACCUACCAGGAACACCGCAACCUGCUCAGAAAGUUCCGCACACGCAGCAAAUCGCUGAGCAACCUGGAGAAGGCGGGGGAGGAGGCUGACAACAGCGAGGACGACUCGGGCCUGUCCGGGGGCUCUGCAGGUUUGGGCAGCAGCGUCCGACCCAGCCACCGCUCCCCCGGUCGACCCCGGGCAUCCAGCAGCGGGGGGGAGGGCAGUCCCAUAGUGAACGGGAUCAUCCUCAGCAGGAGCGGGGCCAGGGUCCGAGCUGUGAUGCCUGAUCACUGGGAGCAGGCCUUCAGUGAUCCAGGAGACUCUCAUUACAUUGAUCGCAACCCGAAGACGAGCAGCUGGCAGAGUCCUCGAGCCUUCAGCAGGGAGACGGUCUACAAGAACGAAUGGUUCACGGAUCAGCCCGAGGAUCUCCGGGGUUUCCCCGUGCACACGCUUCUGACCAAGGGCUCCCGGGGGUUUGGUUUCAACAUCGUGGGGGGCAGCCGGCUGAGGGAGUUUCUCCAGGUCUACAGUGUGACGUCCAGCGGACCUUCAGCUCUCAAGACAGCGGACAUCCUGGUCUACAUCAAUGACGUCUGUGUGUUGGGGGUGUCUCACAAAGAGGUGGUGGAGAUGCUCCAGUCGGUGCCUGUAGGCCACACUGUGGACGUGGAGGUCAGAAGAGGCUACCCCAUGCUCUAUAACCCCGACGGCAUCCCCAAGCACCCCCCGCCACGGCUAAUGGACAACGGGGAGCCCAUCCUGCCCCCCACCACCACCCAGCCCCACCAGCUACCUCGCCUCCACACCCCCAGCCCCCAGCACUUCACCUUCAACGGCGUCCACAGCGAGAGGGGCUACAUGGAACCGGGGGUGACUCUGGACGCGAAUGGGAACGCCAUGUCGUACGCCAUCAGGCAGCCGCCUCCGUACCGACGCUCCAGUUUGAGCAACGCCACCUCCUCGCCCCCCCUGCGCCCGCCCCGCUCCCUGAGGAGCAUAGCCAGGCUGCAGUCGCUCGACCAGAACCUGGCGAGCCAGAGUGACAGUGAAGUUGUGUCUGCGAUCGGCUCACACAGGAAUUCAAUGGUCCGUAACCACAACAAUAACUCUCUCUCAACACCCCCCCAUCCCAUCCGAUACGGCAUGUCCAAGUCGUCUGAGAGCGACCUGUCCACCUGCACCCUGUCCGGGUCCCGGCUGCCCCUGCCUCAGUCGCCCAGGAGGCCGGUGUCCUCGCCCUGCGGCCCCCGCAGCACCCACGUCUUCAGACAGCAGACCUCCCACCUCAGGCCUCCCUCCUCCUCCUCCGACAGCCCCUACCACCGCGGCAUCGGUGGCUUCCAGGGCACCACCAGCCCCACCGCGAGCCCCGGCAGUGUGUCCUCUCCCGGGGCGCUGAGUGUGGGCAGCGGGGGGGAGCUGGUGCCAGUGGCCUUGGCUCAGGCUGAAGGAGACAGAGGCCUCGGCUUCAGUGUGACGGCCGGCGGCCAGGGAGGCCGGAUGACGAUAGUGAAAAGAGUCUGGGACAGGACGCAGUGCAACUCUCUGCAGCCAGGGGAUGCUAUUGUCAAAAUCAAUGGAGCUGAUAUCCAGAGUCUGAGCUUUUCACAGGUACAAACAGUUCUCCAGGAACACACCAGACAGGGAGAAGUGGUCUUACUGGUUUACAGAGGAGGCAUCUAUCACUCAACCGUCUCCCCCGGCUCUGCUCGGAGACUCCCCCCGCCUCUCCUCCGCCCCCCUCCUCCACCCGCUGGCUCAGAUGACUCCAGUCUUCUUCCAGAAACUCUGCCUUUGCCCCGCACCUCCAGGAGCACUCCUUCAUCUCCCGCCCGGACGCGUUCCUCGCUCGUUCAGAGCACCAGCUUCUUGGAGUCGAUUCCAGUGACCCUGACGAUGGAGCCCAAGGACUGGCUCAACACGGGCCUGGAGGACGAGGCGGGUGGCGUCACGCUGCCGGACUCGGGUCUGGCGAGGCAGGCAGUCGAGCAGAUCCGACCACUGCGGGGGUUCGACGUGGAACUCAGGAGAAAACCAGGAGAGGGCUUUGGGUUCGUCAUCGCCUCUCAGGAUGUGGAGAACGGCAAAGCCGACCCGCGGCUGGUGUCACCCGUCACCAUCACAUUCUAG